UCUGGUUUCCACGGAGACGGCUGGAGGCACCGCAACUGGCGCGAGACGAACGUUUUCAUGGAGGUCCGUAAGCCGGUUCUGGAGCUGAAGGAUGUUCCACCCCCUCCCCUUCACAGCACUGCCACAAAACCCCUCCCACUACAGCAACCCUGUCUCCACCCUCUUUCGGAACCCCGCCCCCCGCAGCUGCAGUCAGGCAACCUCAGCGUAAGCGUGUGUUCGUGCUGUGAAGCGUCCGUACACCUGCGGCAGACCUCCAGCGGGAGCGUUGAUGUGGACACGGGUGGAGGGUUUCCUCUGUAUCUUUCUCACUCACCUACAGACACCCGCUCCGGCCCUCACCCCCCCCCUCUCGCCCGGCGGGGCCCGGAAGUGCCAUUGCAGACCCCCGGAAGCUUUGGGCCGCUCUCUGCCUCUGCUACUCGCUGCCACGCGGCCUGCUGCACGAGUCUGCGGCAGACACACAUCUGUCCCUCUGUGUCGGGUGUCUGCCACUGUCAUGGAGACACACGGGUGCAGCAACACUCUUUUUCACACGGUGACCCCCCCCCACCCACUCACCUCUGCUCUAACUCACUACACCUCAGUGUUGAACGCACCCCACUCUGUGUGACAGGCGCGCACUGUUUGCAGGACUGUUGGAGGAAGAGUUUGGGUGUCGACUCCGAGAAGGUUUGGCCAAACAUUCCUCCUCCUGUCCCUGUGCCCUUGUGCAACGGCUGUGGGGUGACGAGAACGCCCUCCGAUGGUCUGCUGGGUGCCCACCUCAACAAACCCACCCAGAAAUAUGUUUCUCCAGAGAGCGGCGUACAGGAAGCACUGCCACCUGUCGGGGUUUUCUGGGACAUCGAGAACUGCGCAGUACCCAGCGGGCGCUCUGCGGCGACGGUGGUGCAGAGACUGAGAGAGCGAUUCUUUCAGGGUCACCGCGAGGCCGAAUUCAUCUGUGUGUGUGACAUCAACAAAGAGAAUAAAGCCGUUAUACAGGAACUCAACAACUGCCAGGUGACAGUCGCCCACAUCAACGCUACAGCCAAAAACGCAGCGGAUGACAAACUGCGGCAGAGUCUGCGGCGAUUCGCAGAGACCCACACCGCCCCCGCCACAGUCAUCGUUGUUUCGUCCGAUGUGAACUUUGCCAGCGAGCUGAGCGACCUGAGGCAUCGUCACGGUUUCCAGGUGAUUCUGGUUCACAAGAGUCAGGCGUCACCUGCCCUCCUGCUGCACGCGCACCUGCGUGUCCCCUUCGAGGAGUUUGUGUCGGAUCUCCCACCUGGAAUGAUCAUCAAAUCACAGCCCAGUUUCAGUCUUCUGUUUGUGCAUCGUCUCCCCACACACCGUGACACCAAAGCCGUCGCUAACCGCCUGCAGCGACUCUCCAAUAACUGCGGAGGGAAAGUGUUGGGCGUGUCCGGCGGCUGUGCCGUGCUCCGCUUCUCCAGCACCAGCACGGCCGAGCGUGCCCGCAAACGCAUGGACAACGAAGACGUCCUGGGUCACCGCAUCACGGUGUCUUUCUCGCCCGAUGGCCCAGAGGAGGAAGAGGAGCACCGGCAUCCCGCUGCCGCCUCUUUGGCGUUCCUCCCUACGGAGAAGGCACGGUCAUCCCGUCGCCUGCGGCGGGUGUCUCAGGCAAACUACGUCCCUGAGCGCCCGUAUAGCCCCAGGAGAGCGGGCCACGCAUCCUCAUGCAGCCCAGUGAUGAAGCUCCUCCCCCAGGCAGUGUGUGGUGCAGUUCGACCUGCGUCUGCGUCUCCUCAGAGUCACAGUCUUGUGUCUGCGGCCAGUAAACCUGUGGAGCUGCUGCAGCGUGGACGGAGAUGUGAUUCUCCCGGACAGCAGUUUGAAGUCAGCACUCCUUCAGCAUUCAGUAAACUAAGUUUGCAGCGCAGUUUCAGUCCCAUCAUGCUCUCUCAGAGCUCAUGGUCGUCACGGAGCGCAUCACCCUGCCUGUCGAAUCGCUCGUCUCCGCUGAGUGUUGCGUCUCCCAGCAACUGUGCCGAGGGCCCCCUGGAGCCAUUCUCUGAUGGGGCCGAUGUUCAGGUCACUAAUCUGGACUACAGGAUGUCUCGUAAAGACUUGCAGCAGAUACUGAGAGACACUUUUGCUAAACAUGGCAGAGUGAAAAGUGUAGAUCUGAGUCCUCACACAGAUUAUCAGUUGAAGGCACGGGUGCACAUGAGUUCAUUGCAACAGGCCAUCGGCGCCGUCAGUCUCCUGCAUCGCUAUAAAAUCGGCAACAAGCGGAUUCACGUGUCGCUCAUCACUGGAGCCAAUAACAAAUCACUCACCUGUCUCAGCUCCGAGAUCAUCAGUAUUCUACAGGAUGCUCCAGCAAACUGCCUCCCACUCUUCAAAUUCACAGAAACUUAUGAGAGGAAGUUCAGUCAUAAGCUGGUGGUGAGUGAUUUGUACCGUCUGCCUGAUCUGGUGUGUGUGCGUGAGCAGGGCGGCGGGCGGCUCGUGUGUCUGUUGUCCAGCUCUCAGGCUCGACAGAGUCCGUUAGGAUCAGCACACUCUCAUGACGGCUCCAACACUGCCAGUCCUGUUCUGUUUGAAGAGCUUGAGUACCAUGAGCCCGUCUGCAGACGACACUGGACCCAACAGGACUUCAGUGAAUCAGACUUUGAUCCGGAUUCGUACACAAUUCCGUUUGUUCUGGUGUCUCUGAAAGUUCUGGCUGCUCAUGUGCACAGUUUACUGCAGAGUCACGAGGGAAUGUUACCACUGCUCAGUUUCCCAGAAUGCUAUGCUGCAGAGUUCAGUCCAUUGACUCUUGUGGAGGAGGGGGGGCAGGAUGGGAGCGUCCCGCUAGAACAUCUCAUCACCUGCAUCCCUGGAGUUACCAUAGUAAUGGCCCAGAAUGGGUUUAAAAUCAUAAAGUGGAUUCAUAACAACCCCCCUCCACCCAACGCAGAUCCGUGGCUGCAACGCAGUAAAAGUCCUGUUGGAAACCCACAGCUGAUCCAGUUCAGUCGAGAGAUGGUGGAUCUGAUGAAGAACCAGCCGUCCUGUUUAAUGCCCAUCACAAAGUUCAUUCCAGCAUAUCACCACCAUUUCGCUAAGCAGUGCCGUGUGUCAGACUAUGGAUACUCCAAACUCCUAGAGCUGGUGGAGGCCGUUCCUCAUGUGCUGCAGAUCCUGGGUUUGGGCUCCAAGCGUUUGUUGACGUUGACUCAUCGUGCUCAGGUGAAACGGUUCACUCAAGACCUGCUGAAGCUGCUGAAGUUUCAGGCCAGUAAACAGGUGGUGAUCAGGGACUUCACGCAGGCGUAUCACUGGUGUUUCUCCAGGAACUGGCAGGUGGUGGAUUAUGGGAUGUGUGAUCUGAUGGACCUGUUGGCUGAGAUUCCAGAUAUGACGGUCACAGUCUCUCAGCAGGACUCUGACACACUCAUCUCUAUUCCCAAGAGAGAACGGACGGCAGAGGAAGUGGAACACACACGACAGUUUGGAAAGGAGGUUGUAGACCUGCUGAGACAUCAGCCUCACUUCCGUAUGUCCUUCAGCAAAUUCAUCCCCACAUAUCACCACCACUUUGGACGUCAAUGCAAACUCUCCUACUAUGGCUUUACCAAACUCAUGGAGCUUUUCGAAGCCAUUCCAGAUGUUCUCAUGGUGUUGGAGUGUGGUGAGGAGCGGGUGUUAGCCCUGACGGAGGUGGAGCGUGUUAAAGCGUUAGCGGCUCAGCUGGUGAAGUUGCUUCGAGCCCAGAGAGACUCUGGCCUGCCUGUCAAUCAGCUGCUUAGUGAAUACAGCAAGACAUUUGGCUACAGCCUCCGUCUGCAGGACUACGAUGCCAGCACUCUGCCCGCCCUGCUCGGCAAACUCUGCCAUGUGGUAAAGGUAGUUGAUGCUCCUGAAGGGAAAGAGGUGCAGCUGAUUAACAGGAAGUCCCUCCGUGCCUUGACGUCUCAGCUGCUGGCACUAAUGAUGUCACUUCCUGACGAUCGGGAUUAUCUUGAAGUAGAAGAGCUGAGGAAGCAGUACGAGCUCACCUAUGACACGCCGCUGAACCCCUGCGAAUAUGGCUUCAUCUCGCUCGCGGAGCUGCUCAAGAGUCUGCCUUACCUUCUGCAGCUCUCUGUGGAUGAUGAUGGUGUCGCCGAAGAGCGUGUGAAAUUGACGAGGCUUUAUCAGUUUGCCCGUAGUGUCCGUGCUUUGCUGCAUACAUACCACUAUAACCAGAUCUUCCUGUCCGAGUUCUGGGGUGCGUUCAGCAAAUACACCAGCCAAGAGUUUCAGCCACAGACAUAUGGCUAUAAGACGCUUGAUGAGCUGCUGGCUGCCAUUCCACAGGUUGUCUGGAUUAAAGGUCACGGGCACAAAAAGAUCAUCGUCCUAAAGAACGACAUGAGAGCUCGUGGUAGUCCUGCGGUCACUGUAGACAGCCCUAAUCCUGAUGAGGAGAACCGAGACACUCACAGUCCGGCCAGCAGUGAGAUGGAGCUGCUCUGUUUGGGUUCUGGUUCUCCGGUGGAUCUUUUGUGCGCUCCUGUUCCGUCCUGCCUCCCGUCUCCACAGCUGCGGCCUGACCCAGUACAGCUGCAGCCCAGAGAUCUGAUCCACUUUGAGAUGCAUUCACUUAGUCAGUGUGAACGAGAACCGGUUCACGAUCAGCAGCCACAGUCGGCCAAAGAUCACCACACACCUGCUGAUAACAGCCCUUCGAGCAAACCCAAUGUGAAAACAUGCACCACAGACAGUCCCGGCCGCAGGACGGGGCGCAACAAGGUUAAACUCGCAGCUAAUUUCUCUCUCACACCUGUCCUGUCUGUCUGAAGCCUCAAUGCGAUACAUGCGUCAACACGUCACAUGACAUCUGAUCUCAAACAUGGCAAAUAUUUGGUGCCAGUGUAACAUGUUAAAAUACUCUCAGCACUGUUGUAACAAAACAUCACAUGCAAUAGAUUGUGGUAUCCUAUAGGGUGAAAAGAUGUUUGUGUAGUGAAUUUACAUGGUUAAAUAUUCUGUUUUCAAGCCUUUGAGUUAGCUGGACUGCAGGAUGUCGUGUUCUUGACUCGUUCUCUCAGAAAGGAGCAGACCGUUUGCUACUUAAACUCAGAGGUUUUUAUUAUUAUUAUUAGUGUUUUUGCUACAGUCGCUCACUAGUUAUCAAUCAGCUGAUUAGUCGAUCAGCUCUGAGCUGCAGUAACAUCAUGACUGAUGCGAACAUGAACCGUGAUGGUGAUUCUCAAACGCACUUCCUCUGCAGGAAUCAUGACAAACCUCCAUUACAGUGAAUUUUACCCAUUGUUUCUGCUGAGACGCGCUGAUUUGAGACAUUUGUGUUAUGUAAAGCACAUGGGCUCUGUCUAAUGAUAUAGAGAAUGAAUUUGAUGAAAGGUGGAAUUCACUUUAUUCUUUUCAGAUCAGAGAUCUCGUACGCUCCUUUUGUUUUUUUUAGCAAACGUCAGUAGGCGUCAGAUGAUCUGAUCUCGCAGUUCUUUUUUUAACUCCGUUUCAGAGCAGGAGUCUGUUAAUAAAGCACUCUUGGCUUUUUUCCCUCUUACCUGCUUCAUUAGUGGAAGUUUCCCUCGACACAUGACUUACAGAAGUCGUCUUAAAUAACUUAAGUUCAUAUUCUGAAUGAAGUCCAUGUUUAUUGAAACUAGUUUAAAAACCGUCUCUGCUGAUUAUGGAGGAUAUUCACGCCUGUCGUUUAAGGUUUCACUUUCGUCCAUGUUGAACACAUGCAGGAUAAUGUUGAAUUAUAGGGUCUCUGUGAGUCCACCUUGUGAGAACUACAGCCCCACACAUACUCUGAUUCUACUGAAGGUCAAGAGCACUUUGUCAAUAUUACAGAUAUUACUUUUGGCCAGAAGUUGGUUUGAAGUUCUAUGCACAUUGUGCAUAAACCCUUGUUUCAAAAGUGGUCGUUUAUGAGUAGCUGCAGAGCUUUACUGCAUUUCUUUUAUGCGUUUUGGCAAAAUGAUGCUAAUGAGAUGAUCUAUGUAGAUGUUCCUCUGGAAUCUCCAAGGUUGUUUUCUUUAACCUUGAGUUUGUGUCUUUGGUUGCUGUUUGCCUGAAACUCUUCAAGAACGUUGAGGUCGUUCAGACUUCAGUGCGACACACAGCUGCUCUGUGGAUCGAGUCUGGCUUUUACAAUGGUUUGUAUUAGCCAUGGCGCUACCAGAGAGAGAUGCCAGCGCAGUGCUGCUCAUGUUUGACAGGAUUGGUUCAUGAUGAAGUUGUUUUGUGUUGUUAAUGUCUUUGGAUCAGACUUAUCCUGCAUGCUUUCAGGUCCGAGCGGGUCGCAUCAGGAGCGGCAGUGCAUUGCAUGAACGGGGAGAUCAGACCUCAGCUGCUUUAAUGGAAAUCAAAACUGUUGGAGGUCUAUGCACUUCCUGUCUAAGAGAAACUCAUUUAAACACUCAAUUAUUCCCAGAUAGUAGCCUACUGAUUGAUUGAUCAUUCACUGGCGUCUCUCAGAACAUUUUGAAGAUGUCAUGGCACGUCGUCUUUGGGACUUCUUGGGAUUUCUUCAGUUUCUGUGCGGGUGAGCGCACCAGUCUUGAGUCUGUUUUUGCCCCAGAUGUCUCUUGAUAACCUUCUUACUUAAUGUUUUCAGAAUCCUUCAAAAUGGUACCAGCUAACUCUGAGGUGAAAUAAGUGUCUUUAGCAGAUAAACUCUACAUUAUUGUUUUUUCUAUGCAUGUUUGCAUAACUUAUGCCUCUUGUGGUGUUGGAUGGAAAUUUGAUUUGUUAUGCAGAACAUUUGUUCAUUAUGUGAUCUGUAUAUUUAACAUUAUGUGUUGGAACUACAGCAGAAAUGUCGUGUCUCAGAUCUGUCUGUACCGAUUGUGAUUUGUACAAUUAUAGUGUUUGUGUUUUUGUAAUUCUCUCACAACCACAGUGAAUCCAGAACGCCUCUCGAAAUCUCCUUUAGACUAAAUUAGAUGUAUGACGUGAAGUCACAGAUGCUGGAGGUCUUGCUUUAUGGUUUUAUUCUUCAGAACAUCUCCACCUUGAGAUCCUUUUUAGGAGUUUUAUUUUUGUGGAAUGACUAAAUGAUUUCUGUUAUGUGUAAUAAAUAUCACAAGCAUCA